GAUAAUGUCAUAGCAGAUCACAGUAAACCCAUGCGAGAUAUCUGUAAAAAUCUCUCUCAUUAAACCUUAUUUCCGACUGAAAACGGAGCCUAUGCUACAGGUUACAGAAGAGGAAGUGGUGCAUAAGUAGAAGGAUUCAAAAGCCUUAAUAAGGCCACCGUUUGAGUUUGGUAAUCAAGAAUUUGUUCUGCUAAACAGAAGGAAGAUGGGUCCGAAGGGUUUUUUACCAAUUCUUCAUUGUGUUGCUGGUCUCUCUCCUAUACACACCACAACAGCAUUAAGACAUUCCCUUUGUAAGCCUGCUGUAAAACUGGGCUGUGCCUCCCUCUGCACGCUCCAACAGAGAAGAGGUGUUUCUGUGGAGGCUGCCACAAGCCAUAAUGUUUCAGACUUGACUGACAGGGAGAAAAAACUACUGACCAAGCUUUAUGAUGGACUUAUCGGUGGCCAAAGAGCAGCUCUUGCUGAGUCUAUAACCCUUGUAGAAACCCAGCAUCCCAGGAAGAAGGAUUUAGCCCAGGUUCUGCUUCAAAGAGUGCUGGCUAUCCGUCAGGAGCAGGAGAGACGAAAUGGUGGAAAACCAGUGGCCUUCAGAGUGGGACUGUCUGGUCCCCCUGGUGCCGGAAAGUCUUCAUUCAUUGAGGUCAUUGGGAAAAUGCUGACAGGACGAGGGCACAAAGUGUCUGUACUGGCUGUGGAUCCUUCUUCAUGCACAACUGGAGGUUCACUGAUGGGAGACAAAACACGAAUGACAGAGCUCUCCAGGGACAUGAAUGCUUAUAUCAGACCAUCUCCAACCUCAGGAACCCUCGGUGGUGUGACGAGAACCACCAAUGAAGCCAUAGUCCUCUGUGAGGGUGCAGGCUAUGACAUUGUGUUAGUUGAAACCGUGGGUGUUGGUCAGUCUGAGUUUGCUGUGGCUGACAUGGUGGAUAUGUUUGUGCUGCUGAUCCCACCAGCAGGGGGUGAUGAACUACAGGGAAUCAAAAGAGGCAUUAUUGAGAUGGCAGACCUGGUUGUAGUUACAAAAUCCGAUGGCGAUUUGGUUGUUCCAGCUCGGAGGAUUCAGGCAGAGUAUACAAGUGCCCUAAAGUUGCUUCGAAAGAAGUCCAACAUCUGGAAACCAAAGGUGGUUCGCUUAUCCUCUCAGACGGGGCAGGGUGUGCCUGAGCUGUGGGAUGCCAUGCUACAGUUCCGGGAUGUGAUGCUGAGCAGUGGGGAGCUCCAAGCCCGACGGCAAACUCAGCAGAAGGUGUGGUUAUGGAAUCUGAUCCAGGAGAAUUCUGUACGCCACUUCCAGGAACAUCCAGCUGUGCGUUCUGCGCUCCCGGAGCUGGAACGACGGGUCACAUGUGGUGAUAUCUCACCUGGCCUUGCUGCUGACCUCCUCCUAAAAGCCUUCACCACUCAGUGAUGGAAAGCAUUCCAUGGAGGGCUUAAAAACAUUAGGAAAAUUGAGGCUUUGAUUCCUUAUUAUUGUAUCUUAUCUGGUUUUAACAGAUUUUAAAAGCUUUAUUGGCAUUUAAUAGUAAUUAUAGGUGACAUAACUGUUGUAUAUUGUUGUAUUAUUUUGCAAAGUGAGUGAAAUGGUAUUAAAAGAAAAGGAACUGAAUAUCACACCUUGUGACCUUUGUAAAAAUGCAGUUAAUCACACAACAAUCAAAUGUACAAUUAUUGUGUGUAAAUGCUUGUUUAAUAUCUAUAAUAAGGUGAUUUUUAGAUAAAUGAUUUACUGUAAAUUAAUGUUUACCUUUCCUAUUUUCCUAUAUUUGUGUGUAUCUUCAACUUUGGGCACUUUUAACACUAUGCAGUUAUAGAAAGCACAGCCUUGUUAAAACAUUUUUCACACUUUCAAUUUAUAUGAGAUAAAAAUCGCCACCACGAGGAUCUACUAAGUGGUGGGAAUUGGGCAUUCCAAAUUGGGAGAAAUGGGGAUUAAAAAAAACAAAUCUGUUUGUUUUAAUAAAAAUCAACCCCUGUAAUGUUGCCUGAGGAUGCACACAUUAAUAUAUAUUUUAAUAUAAGUCAUACAUAAUGUAUAUCAUUUUGUGUCUAGUUAAAGCAUUGAAUGUUUC